CUCGAUGUAUUUAAGGAGCGAGACCGCAGUUCCAAUACGCUUAUCUUCGUAGUGUUUAGCGUAAACAUUCCUUCUCAUACGUUUCCAAGUCGAUUAAUUUACUUUAGCAGGGAUGACGACCAAGAAUGAGAAAAUUGGUAUCAUUGGCAGCGGUUUAAUCGGCCGUAGCUGGAGUAUGCUAUUCGCCAGUGUUGGAUAUCAAGUAACGAUAUACGAUAUCGUCGAGGAACAAAUUUCGAAAGCACUGGAGGAUAUUCAUGAGCAACUGGACCGUCUCGAAAGCAGUGGUCUUCUUCGUGGUAGCCUUAAUGCGAAAGAACAAUUUAAUCUCAUUAAAGGUACCUCCAAUUUGGUCGAUGUUGUGAAAGGAGCCAAACUGAUCCAAGAAUGCGUACCGGAAAAUCUUGAACUGAAAUUGAAGGUUUAUGGUGAACUUGACCAGGUCGUAGAUGAUAAUGUUAUACUGUCCUCGUCAACAUCAACCUUCCGUCCAUCUUUAUUCAGCGAAAAUCUUAAGCAUCGUUCUCAAGUUAUCGUUUCACACCCCGUUAAUCCGCCUUACUAUGUACCACUUGUGGAAAUAGUACCAGCACCAUGGACCCGUCCUGAAAUUCCUGGACAAACUAGAGAAAUUAUGACGGAAAUUGGUCAGGCUCCAGUCACUCUCUCGCGAGAAAUCGAUGGAUUUUGUUUAAACAGAAUACAGUAUGCUAUUUUAAAUGAGGUAUGGCGUUUAGUAUCUGACGGCAUUUUAAGUGUGCAAGAUAUCGAUGUAGUAAUGAGCGAAGGUCUUGGAAUGCGUUACGCUUUCCUUGGAGCCCUUGAGACUGCGCAUUUAAAUUCAGAAGGAAUUAAAAGAUACUGCGAAGUCUAUAAAAAUAGUAUUUACAAGACUAGUAUGACUUUUGGACCUAUUCAAAAGUUUGAAGGACCGACUGCUGAGAAAAUAAGCAAUGAACUUAAUGAAAUAACUCCGCUCGAUAAAUUGCAAGAAAGACGAGCAUGGCGUGACGCUGCCCUUACGAAAUUGUCGAUUUUGAAGAAGGAAAUGAAUAGCCAGUAUAAAAAAGCAGAACAAUGAUAUACUAUUGCGUAUGGGAUGGCGCCUUACUACUCGCAUCGUGAGAGAACUUUGGCUCACAAUAAAUUUAUAACAAACUUA